AGAGGAUAGCCAUCCAUGACGUUUGUCGUCGGCUUAUUUGAGGAGGAGCCGCCCUACUGACAUGUUCGCUUUUUCACAGGAGCGGACCUAACCUAGACGAGGCCAUGUCAUCCUGGCAACGCCCGUAGUCCAGUUGUUUGAUACCAGACUGUUGCCUCCAUCCCUUGCAAGAUUGAGUCCAGGGGUGGAAAGAGUAAACGGUUUGUUUACAGUCCUGCUAAUGUAUUGUCUAAAAAUUGAAGUCUCACUCUCACCUUUGCUGUUGGUGUUUAUGGAAUUUACAUGCGACACGAAAAUGUUUUGAGACAUUAUGCUCAACGAUACCCCACCUACCUGACAACUCUCGUGUUGUGUAGACGUUAGCUCUCCUAGUUCCAUACCACCCACCUCGAGACGUUGAUGACGUCCGCUCUUGAGUUCAGGAUGCGCGAGAGCACCUUCGCACCUUCGCGAGACCCAGCAGGUCAGCAGGUCAGCCGGGAAAAGGCGUCUGCUUGAUCACACCUACUUGAUCACACCUCUUUCCAGUGCGCAAAUGAGCCAUACCUUCAGGGACAGACUAUGACGCAGUCUUCCCAAUUCUAUAAAAGGUGGACCUUCCAUUCACAGCACCAAAGCGGGUGGAGAAGACCCGCAAGCCACAGAUUGGUCUAGAAGAGACUUCAGCUCGUGCACCGCCAUAGCUGAGUAUUUUUCUCUCUGUUGUCAACAAGUAAGUUUGAAAAAAUGAGAAACGUCAUUCAGAGCAUUAUUCCGAUCCUGCUGCUGACUUGUCCCUCACCUGCCGACUCGACCGCAACUUUUCGUCUCGAAGCGGAGUCUCUGCUCUCGACCCACGCCACUCGUUUCCGGACAUCAGCAUCUGGGGGCAGGACCGUGUACAGCAUCACACCCGGAGAGGAGCUCAUCUUCCCCGUCUGUCUCUACCAACCCGUCCUCGCUGACGUCACCGUGCGGUACUCUAACGAUGGCGGCAGUGACGUAGUGAAGGUCAAGGUGGACAAUGUCGUAGCCGGCUCCAUCCUGACUUUCGCUGAAUCCAAGGGAGGCUACAACUGGGAAGUGAUGCGUGAAGAGACGGUGUACAACGUGUCCCUGGGACAAGGUCUUCGCCGCCUGGCGGUGGAGUUCUCCCAGGUGGAUGCCUACGGCGUGGAGGUGGACUGCCUUGACGUCACGGUGUACGACGACUUCCUCAACCAGAAGACGUUCGACUGCAGCCUGGCACUGGCCGGAGAGCCGCAGAUCGGCAAAUCAGACACAAACGAGCGGGUGAAAUCCGGGUACGUGGAGCAGCACAGCUACGUCACAACCUGCCCCGAGGAGGACAAUGUACACCUGGCGGCGUACCACGACUCUGUCGUCAACUACACCAUCACGGCGACAAACCCCUUGUACAGAAGCUACAAGGACUACAAAGAGCCUGACUUCAGCACGUGCCCUCGACUACAGUCCAACUACUGGCACCUGGAGGACGUUCGCGCCAACGACAACGGCAGCAUCGCCCAGGGCAACGAGACGAACACAGUGACUGUGUCCACCACAAGCUACGAUGAUAUCAUCUAUAGUGACAAGAUCGCCAUCACCUUCACACUUAAGGGAAUAAGUGACGGCUUCAUUGACGCAGAAUUUCGAUCCAUCUUGGAGGCGACCUUUGUCCCAGUUGCUGGGUCAACUGCAAGGAUUAGAGUAGCUUUCGUCCGGAAAAACGGAAAGGAGGAGGUGCUAGAUGAGUUCUCCUCCGACUACUCUGUGUCUAGAAAGUGGACAUUCCCGGAAAUGACGUGGUCGGGUAACCAACCGAAUGUCAUCUACGUGUACGUUAGUCAAAACGUCAUCAUUCAGAGGAUGGAGCUGAGAAGAGAUUCCAUGAGACCGGACACAGCGACUGUCAUGUAUUCAAACGACGCGAUCAUUCUGCAGGGCUUUGAUGUGGACUUCUGGUGGAGGAAGCCAGCUGGCGAGUCUCUCACCAUUCAGGUCGGCAACAAAUACUUCACAGACUUCAGUUAUUUCGCUCUCUACGUGGCUACGCCGUGGAACAGUAAAGGAGGCUUUCAACAACUGCUAGUCAUCUACCAGGACGGUAACGUACGUCUGCUGCCUCCACCCCCAUCUUCACCAGUCCAAGGACAGUGGGUUCCCUUCGGCACCUCCAUUCUCCUCGGAAAGUCAAAGGUGUCCGACCCACGGCCAUCAGCCCCCAUCAGAACCAUCCAAGUCGACCCAGCAACGCUCAGCAUGGCCUUGACCUAUUACGACGGCAGCUCGUGCUCCAUUACCUUGACCUACUCACCUGUGGAGACGGUUCUGCACGUCAACAAUGUCCAAUUUGGCCCAUCGACAUCAGGACCUUUUGCAACCUUCAGGUCUAUGUUUGUGGAGUUCGGAAAGGCGGAUGCGGACAGCCUCCAGAGCGACCUACAAGGACCUGUGCACGCGAUGGGCAGGUGGACAGCUGUCAAUGGCAGCGACUUCUUACUCUACAGAAGAGUGGAAUCCUAUCACAACACACAAAGUCCCGACAUCCGCCUCACCAUCCGCGCAUGACCGGAUUUACCGAGAGAGAGAGAGAUAGUAUCGUUUCUCCCUUCAUUCAGCAGACUAACGAAGUGUAACUACAUGUCCAUUUGCUUAUCAAAAGUAUUAUCAUCAUCGUUAUUGUAACCAUCCCGGUGUCUUUCUAUCCCCACUCAUCAGCUACUUGCCACCAACUCACCUGACAGUAUUGUUAUUGUCUGUUGAAAGCCGAAACAUGAACAGCUCAACAGUUUAUUUGUAUCAUUCAAAUAUUAUGGAAAUAAUGAGUGUGUGAUACAUGCAUAUAUAGGUCGUUGUUUUUCGUGUCUAUGUUUAAACAUUGAUGUAACACCAGAAACAUAUAAGAUAUUAUUUACAAUGAUUCAUAGGCUGUGUGUGUGUGAACUCAAUAAUGAAAACAUUCAUCUUCGAGGAAAACCCGAGUUCAUCUGCAGGACAGUGUGCACACCUGUCUCCCUGACAUCAAAGUGAAAGGCGUGAUAAAAUUAUUUCAAAGGCAGGUUAAAAAAGUUCCUGCCACUUGACAUGUCUAGAUUUAAACUGAUGUCAACAGCCUUUCACUAGAUGUGACAUUCAGAGGUGAGGUACAUGAGGUGUAGCUAAGUGUAGCUAAGUGUAGCUAAGUGCAUCUGUUUGUUGAGCACAAAGCCAGUCUACUCGACACUUCACACAACAUGAGUAUUUGGCAAACUGAUUCACCUUAGUUAUCUCUCGCCACUGGAAAGGAGAAAACCUGGGCAUUCUCACUAAUACUGCAUUUUACUUUAACUGACAGUUUGUGAUGUUCUUAGUCCUGAGUAAGAUGUUUGUUAAGCUCGAGCUCAGCAUGUGAUGUGUUUUACUUAAGAAAUCUUUUAAAUAUGUAUAUUUAGUUUAUCCAUGUUCCUGAAAAAAAUGUCUAGGGUGAAAUGACUAGUUGAAGGAAAUGAAAUUUGUAUAUAAUAAUUUAUUCUAGUUAACUUUUUCUUACUUAUCACCAUUGAAUUUUCUGUAGUAGGUGAUGGCUGCCUGUGAUAAAAUACACUCAUUACUACUUGUCAUGACGGCCAUUUUGCCUGUAUGUUCAUGCCAGAUAAUUUGUAAGAGAAAAAAUAUCGUUACUUCCACGUGCAUUAACGUCAAGUGAGAUAACUGACGACCAGUUGUGACUCCACAUUGUAACUGGAAACUUGUUAUUAUGUGUUGAAUCAAAUAAACACCUUGGGAUGAA